ACGUGGUGCUUUGGCGUUCCAUUGCUCCUCAGUACCUAACAGGCUAAAGGUACAUUUGACAGUGGCCAUCCCCCCUCCAUCUUAUCACCCCUCCCAAUACCAUUAGUAAUCACACCCACUAAACUGUCAGUGUUCGGCGGGUGUUAAUGAAAUAAAAAUUCGUUGCACGGGGUAAUCAGCUCACGAGAAUACUAGCCAACCGGUUAAACACGUGUCAAUUCCCAAAAUGCGGGAGAUUAAUGUGAAAAAGCCGGACAGCGAUUGCAUCGCGUGUCACAAGCACUGCAUGAAGUUGGCAUUAACGCUUGUGUUGUGGUUGUCCCGGGGCACAAUGACAUCGCCACUGAAUUACCGAACUGCUAAUUAGAGCAAUCACGUCGACCGAAUCGAAUAAACAUAUUGCGAUGGUUAAUCAUGACGUGAACGCGAGGUGAUUGUGGCUCAUAGCAGUGCCAUUUCGUUCGUGAGGGUAAACACACGAUCAAUUUCCACGGUGUCAAUUACAUCGGAGCGCAACAAUGGAUGAUCCUGAAAAGUAUGAGAGUCAUCUGUACAGCCGUCCUGGCUUUAGCAUUCGCAGGCUUGGAGACUUGGUGCCAGCACGAGUAGUACUCUACAUGCUGUCAUUCUCCGGAUUUCUCGUCUCCUUCAUGAUGAGAAUGGACAUUAACUUAGCAAUGGUAGAAAUGGCUAAAAUGCAGAAUUCCGAUAAGAAAAAUAGCAGUAAAACAGAGGCUUACUGCUUCGACGCCAGUGCCAAUGUUACCAGCAGUCAAGGGACCCGAGAAGGCUCUGGUGAGUUUGAUUGGAGUCCCACAGUGCAAUCAGCCAUAAUUGGCAGUUUCUACUGGUGUUAUAUACUAUCCCAAGUUGUUGGUGGUGUGCUGACACAGUAUUUUGGUACAAAGACUGUUUUUGGAGGUUCACAGCUCCUCACUGCUAUUUGCAGCCUUCUCAUACCCACUGCUGCUGACAUUCAUUAUUCUGCUAUGAUUGCGUUGAGAAGUAUUCAAGGAAUUGCGAGUGGCUUGACUUGGCCAGCAAUGUACGCAAUAGUGGGUCACUGGAUUCCCCCCGUGGAACGUUCACGUUUCAUGUCUUCCUUCCAAGGGUUCAGUUUUGGAAUCGGCCUUACGUAUCCACUCUGCGGAUUUAUUAUCGCCCAUUAUGGAUGGAGAGUCGUCUUCUAUACAACUGGCACUGUCGGGGUAUCCUGGUGCUUCUUUUGGUACUUCUUUGCCUUUGAUACACCAGCUACGCAUCCAAGGAUAACGCAGCAUGAACUGAGGUACAUUCAAGGAAGUGUUGGAAACCAAGUCAGCGAGGGAAUGAAAACUCCGUGGAAGUCUAUGCUACUCUCGAUGCCUGCAUGGGCCAUUGGAAUCACGACUUUUGGAAGGAUAUGGGUCCAUUACGUGUUUAUCAUUCCCGGACCAAUGUACAUGAAAACCGUUCUUGGGUUUGACAUUCAAACUAAUGGUGUACUUUCUGGUGUCCCAUUUAUAUGCAGUUACCUAAGCUCAGUCGUGUUCUGCUACGUAGCAGAUGUUCUCGUAACACGACAGAUGAUGACACUGACCAACGUUCGAAAAUUGUUCACAGCAAUUUCUCAAGUAAUUCCAGGGAUUCUUGUUCUACUGAUUGGAUAUCUAGGUUGUAACGUUAUCCUCUCCCUAAUUAUUUGGUUCAUAGCUGUGACAUUAAUCACAGCAGCAUACGCUGGAGCAAUGGCGAGCAUUGUGGAUAUUGCACCGAAUUUUGCUGGGCCUGUCUUAGCCUUUGCUCAGACAAUUCACAUGACAGCUUCAUUCCUAUCACCAAUUGCAGCUGGUGUUAUAACCCAAGAUGGGCAAACUCUGACAGCCUGGAGACAAGUCUUCGGUUUAACAAGUUGUAUAGCCUGUGGGACCUACGUAAUAUUCCAAAUAUUCGGGACAGCUGACAUACAACCAUGGAACUAUCCAGAUCAGAAAAUUCCACAGCCGAUGAGCGACGAUGACGAGCCACUCAAUGAAAAUUUCCACAAAAAUGGGAAAAUCAUUUCUAGGCAGUCCAGUCUCUCUGAACCAUCGUAGUUAAUUCACAUUUUACAGUAUAUUUAUAACUAUAAAAAAUACUAGGGACAUUCUUAAGAACUAGCAGAAGCCUGUAAGUGAACACAUGACACAAAUUCACAGAUGAUUUUUUCUCAUUGAAUCAAGAAUACUAUUACUAAAAUCAGAAAGUUAUUUGCCUUCAGGAGGAAAAGGAAAUUUCUUUCUUUACUAUUACGAUCAUUUGAAAUAGAAAUAAUUAUUAUUUUUAGUUGAAUAAAGCUGUCUCGGAGGAAAACAAGGACAAGAGCCUAUAAAAUGCCUUGUCAUGAAUCAAAAACACUGCUCCGAAAUCUUGCAAAUUAUUUCCUCUACUAAAGGCGCAAUUUUAAUAAUAUCUAAAUUGAAGGAAAAAUUGCCUGCUUUGAUUUCAGAAUACUUUCCAAUAGGAAAAGAGAUUGUUAAUAGAGAAAAGUCUAUGAAUUAAAAAAUCGAGUUAAUAUAGAAUUCCUAAAUGAAACGAAUUCUGGUAAAAAAAUAAUACGCAAAAUGUAUUGAGACUUAAUUCAAAUUAUUUUUGGGGAUUCUCAGGUUCAUGGAAUACUCGAAUACUUAAAAUUUCAUUGUGUGAAUUUCACUGAGUACAAUGAGCACAAGUAUAGAUAAAUCAGUCAGGUACUUAUAUGGAAUGUCCUGUCUGCCAAUCUCUGUAAUUUCUGUGAUCAGAAUUUGUAUGAAAAAGUUAAUUACUGAUUAAAGAUGAAAACCAAGUGAAUUUCACGUAAUAACAUAAAAAUGAAUAACAUAUUCAACAUUACUUAUUAGUUAAUAGAUUGAAUAAAAAAAAUAGCAAGUGUGAGUAAGUUUUCAUCAAACUUUUUAUCUCAAUGUCAAAAUAUACUUAAGUUUUCUCACUUUAAAAAUUUUUGUAUAGCUAAUUACUAUUCUUUAUUCGUCACAAUGUGACGGUGAUUGUGUUUAAACGUCGAUAAACUGAUGAAAUAAAUGUAACAUGACAAGAUUUUAAAACAUGUAGCACAUUCAAGAUGAAGUACUAAUCUUAUCAGUGCCUUGCAUUAGCAUCUACGAACAAACUUCACUCAUCUUGCAUCGAAUAAAUGACAUGUUCUCAUUUUCAUAAAUCUUUUUUCAAUGAUCAAAUGAAAUGAAAGUCGACGAUUUGGUGAUGGGUAUACCAAUGGAAUAAUUGCUCGAAUUAUGCCUGCAUUGAAGUCGUGAAACUCAAAAUUACACAUGAAACUGAAUUUAUUGCCCUUAAUUUUGAUUAUGGAAUUAAAUCAUUGAUAUGUCAAUAAUGUUUAAUUUUUAUUCACAGAGAUAACUCAUUAAAUUGUUGAUGAGAUGUUCCAUUAGUUGUUUCACAACUUCAGUCCAGAUGUAUCUAAAAAUAAUGUUCAAUCUCUGUGGUUUAAUCUUAAUCUCCUCAAAAUUAAUGUUGUAAAUCUGUUAAUCAUCAGGAUUCAUCAGAGUAUUGUUAAAUUUAUGUUUUACUGAAAGAAAAUAGUUAAGAGAAAUAUGUACCUUAAUCGUAUACUCGAGUAUGAUUGUAUAUUGUAAAAUUCUCGAGAAAGACCUGUCAGUACUACUUAAUAAUAUCGAAAAAAAUAUAUAAUUUUCCUACAAAAA